CAGGGGACCAGCCAGGAGAGAGAGAAGCAACUUCAGAGACCCCUGGAAAUAACCUCUCAGAGGACACACCUCCGGACAAACAGCCAGGCGAUUUUCUCCCUCGCAUGCCCCAGGGCUCGGCCAUCUCCCAGCUGGACUUGAGCCCCUCUGGAAAGGACAUCAUGAGCACUGAAAGCAUGAUCCGAGAUGUGGAGCUGGCAGAGGAGGAGCUCGCCAAGAAGGCAGGGGGCCCCCAGGGCUCCAGACGGUGCUUGUGCCUCAGCCUCUUCUCCUUCCUCCUUGUCGCAGGAGCCACCACGCUCUUCUGCCUGCUGCACUUUGGGGUGAUCGGCCCCCAGAGGGAAGAGCAGUUACCGAAUGCCUUCCAGUCAAUCAACCCUCUGGCCCAGACACUCAGAUCAUCUUCUCGAACCCCAAGUGACAAGCCUGUAGCCCAUGUUGUAGCAAACCCCCAAGCCGAGGGGCAGCUCCAGUGGCUGAGUGGGCGUGCAAAUGCCCUCCUGGCCAAUGGCGUGAAGCUGACAGACAACCAGCUGGUGGUACCAUUGGAUGGGCUGUACCUCAUCUACUCCCAGGUCCUCUUCAAAGGCCAAGGCUGCCCUUCCACCCAUGUGCUCCUCACCCACACCAUCAGCCGCUUAGCUGUCUCCUACCCGUCCAAGGUCAACCUCCUCUCUGCCAUCAAGAGCCCUUGCCACACGGAGACCCCAGAGCAGGCUGAAGCCAAGCCCUGGUAUGAGCCCAUCUACCUGGGAGGAGUCUUCCAGCUGGAGAAGGGUGAUCGACUCAGCGCUGAGAUCAAUCUGCCCAACUAUCUCGACUUUGCGGAGUCCGGGCAGGUCUACUUUGGGAUCAUUGCCCUCUGAGGGGGGUACGUCCAUCCUCGCCCACCUCAAUCCCUUUAUUAUCUGCUCCUUCAGAACCCUCUCAUCCCCUUCUGAGGUUUAGAAAGGGAAUGAAGGGCUCAGGGCCGGGUCCCAAACUCAGAACUUGAAACAACAACAACACUUAGAAACCUAGAAUGCAGGGAUGUGUGACCUGGACAACGGGGCACAGGUCACCACCAAGAAUUCAAACUGGGGCUUCCAGAACUCACUGGGGGCCUCAGAUUUGGAUCCCUGAAUGCAGCCUGGGACACCUGGAACGUGGGGGCCAGGAAACCUUUGGUUCUGGCCAGAACACUUCAGAACAUCCGUUGAGAAGAUCUCACCCAGAACUUGAUGAGAGUGGACCACAGAUCUCCCUUUUUUCAAAUGUUUCCAGACUCUUCCCCGAGUUGUAGAGCCCAGGCCCUCCGCCAUGGGGCCGGCUCCCUCUAUUUAUGUCUGCACUUGAGAUUAUUUAUUAUUUAUUUAUUAUUUAUUUAUUUACUAAUGAAUGUAUUUAUUCGGGAGGUUGAGGUGUCCUGGGAGACCCAACAUAGGGGCUGCCUUGGCUCAGACAUGUUUUCUGUGAAAACGGAGCUGAACUGUAGGUUGUUCCCAUCUGGCCUCCUGGCCUCUGUGCUUCCUUUUGCUUAUGUUUUUAAACAAUAUUUAUCUGAUCAAGUUCUCUAAAUAAUGCUGAUUUGGUGACCAAUUGUCGCUACAUCGCUGAACCUCUGCUCCCCAGGGGAGUUGUAUCUGUAAGCGCCCUACUGGUCAGUGGCGAUAA